UUAUUGAAAGAAAAUGUGUGGGAUUUUAGCAGUUUUGGGUUGUUCUGAUGAUUCUCUGACUAGAAGGGCUCGAGUGCUGGAGCUUUCCCGCAGACUGAAGCACCGUGGUCCUGACUGGAGUGGGCUCUACCAACACGGUGACUGCUAUUCAGCCCAUCAACGCCUUGCCAUCGUUGAUCCUGAUUCCGGUGACCAACCUCUCUUUAACGAAGACAAGAGUGUUGCAGUCACUGUGAACGGAGAGAUUUACAACCAUGAAGAACUGAGGAAGAAGUUGGUAAACCACACGUUCAGGACUGGCAGUGAUUGUGAUGUUAUUGCCCAUCUGUAUGAGGAUUAUGGGGAAGACUUUGUGGACAUGUUGGAUGGAAUCUUCUCAUUUGUGCUGCUAUAUGCCUGUGACAACAGCUUCAUUGUUGCUCGUGAUGCUAUUGGCGUCACUUCCCUCUACAUUGGCUGGGGACUUGAUGGUGCGGUUUGGAUAUCGUCAGAAUUGAAAGCAUUCAAUGAUGAUUGUGAACAUUUUGAGAUCUUUCCUCCUGGUCACUUGCACAAGAGCAAAUCAAGAGGAUUUAGGAGGUGGUACAACCCACCUUGGUUUUCCGAGUCCAUUCCAUCGGUUAAAUAUGAUCCGCUUUUCCUCAGGCAUGCAUUUGAGAAUGCAAGGCUAUUUCUAAUAUAUUUGUAUGCUGUGAUCAAAAGGUUGAUGAGUGAUUUCCCUUUUGGAGUUUUAUUAUCCGGAGGCCUUGAUUCAUCAUUGAUUGCUUCUGUUACCACUCGGUACUUAGCAGGUACCAGCGCUGAAAAAAACUGGGGAGAUCAGCUCCAUUCUUUCUGUAUUGGCCUAGAGGGUUCGCCUGAUUUGAAGGCUGCAAGGGAGGUUGCAGACUAUUUGGGCACUGUCCAUCACGAGUUUCACUUCACUGUUCAAGAUGGAAUUGAUGUGAUCGAAGAUGUUAUCUACCACAUAGAAACCUAUGAUGUGACCACAAUCAGGGCAAGCACCCCUAUGUUUCUGUUGUCACGGAAGAUCAAGUCACUAGGAGUGAAGGUGCUUAUUUCUGUUGAAGGAUCCGACGAGAUAUUUGGUGGAUAUUUGUACUUCCACAAGGCACCUAAUAAGGAUGAAUUCCACCGUGAGCCUUGCCGCAAGAUCAAGGCUCUUCAUCAGUAUGAUUGCCUGAGGGCUAACAAAGCAACAUCAGCAUGGGAAUUGGAAGCUCGAGUACCCUUCUUAGACAAAGAAUUUCUCAAUGUUGCCAUGUCUAUCGACCCUGAAUCAAAGAUGAUAAAAAAGGAGGAAGGACGUAUCGAGAAAUGGGUUCUUAGAAAGGCCUUUGACGAUGAAGAGCGACCUUAUCUGCCAAAGCACAUCCUCUAUAGGCAGAAAGAACAAUUCAGCGAUGGUGUUGGUUAUAGUUGGAUUGAUGGUCUCAAAGCACAUGCUGCCGAACAUGUGACUGAUAAGAUGAUGCUUAAUGCUUCUUUCAUAUUUCCUUACAACACACCAACAACAAAAGAAGCAUACUACUACAGGACGAUUUUUGAGAGGUUCUUCCCUCAGAACUCGGCUAGAUUGACUGUCCCUGGAGGAGCUAGUGUGGCAUGCAGCACUGCUAAAGCUGUUGAGUGGGAUGUUGCCUGGAAGAACAACCUUGAUCCUUCAGGGAGGGCUGCCCUGGGAGUCCAUCUAUCACCUCACAACGUAUAG